AUGGCCCUGGCAGAAAAGAUCAGCAGGGAGACGGCCAAGCUCGAGAGGUACAUGAAGGAGAAAGGGUUGCCGAUGCCUGCUUUUGACGUGGAUGCUGCAGAUGAUUUUCCCAAGCUGCCGGCAGAUAUCCAGAACUGCAGGUUGGAAAUCAUCCACGCCACGAAACAGCUCCGAGACCUUACUAUCGGCCCACGAGAGAGCGUGAGAUGGGGCGUCUGGGAGUUCCUCGAUGUUCUGGCUCUUCAGGUUAUCUACAACUAUGAACUUGCCAAGCUCGUUCCCCUCGACAAGCCCAUCUCCCUCACCGACCUCCAAAAGCUCACCCCUCUGGACCCCGUCAACCUCGCGCGCGUCCUGCGCACCGCCAUGACCAACCACAUCUUCACCGAGCCCAGCCCCAACCUCAUCGCCCACACCGCCGCCUCGCGCCUCCUGGCCACAGACGAGGAGCUGGCCGCCUGGGUCGGCUUCAACGUCGAGGACAUCUUCCCGGCCUCCAACGGCGUCCUCCCGGCCCUGCAGACCCACCCAGAGGCCACCUCGCUCACCCGCGCCGGCUACCAGUUCGCCUUCGACACCGUCGACGUCGAGCCCAUGUUUGCCACCUUUGGCAGGGACGCCAAGCGGUCCCGGCGCAUGGGCCAGGCCAUGACCAGCCUGACGGGCGGCGAGGGCUACGAGGUCGCGUACUUUGUCGACAGCUGCGACCUGGGCGACGUCGACGCCCGCGGCGGCACCUUUGUCGACGUGGGCGGCAGCCACGGCGUCGUCUGCGUCAGCCUGGCCCGCAGGUGGCAGGGCAUCAAGUUCAUCGUGCAGGACCUGCCCAAGACGGUCGCCAGCGCGCCGGACCCGGUCUGCGAGGACGCCCAGGUCGCCGGGCGCGUGCAGUUCCAGGCCCACGACUUCUUCACGCCGCAGGACGUCGCGGCCGACGUGUACUACUUCCGCUGGAUCAUGCACAACUACUCGACCCCGUACGCGGUCGACAUCCUCAAGAACCUCGUCCCCGUGCUCAAGCCCGGCGCCCGCAUCAUCAUCAACGACCACUGCCUGCGCGACCCGGGGCAGGAGAACCCCUGGGACGAGAAGAUCAUGCGCCGUAUGGAUAUGGUCAUGUUGACCCUGCUGAACGCGCAGGAGCGGACCGAGGAGGAGUUUCGGGAGCUGUUCCGUCUGGCGGAUGAGGGCUUUGUGUUCAAGGGAGUCACGCGUGCCAAGGGAUGUCGUAUGAGUAUUGUUGAGGCUGCAGUUGAUGAUCAGACCCAAGACACGCCUGCGCCUGUAUCGGAGUGA